AAUCUUUCUCUGCUUCAUUCAUAUAUUCUAUCCCCAAUGCCUCCAAUACCACUAGCCUCGAAUCCCCUCCCCAGGAUCAUCACCUACUACCAAACCCACCAUGACUCCGCCGGCAAACCCAUCUCUCUCCUCCCACUCCUCACCCAGCCCGGCAUCUCAUUGACGCAUGUCAUCCUGGCCGCCAUCCACCUUAACGAGGACCCGAACCAAAUCACCCUCAAUGACCACCCUCCUCAUCAUCCACGCUUCGAAACCCUCUGGGCUGAACUCCGCAUUCUUCAAGCUUCCGGCGUCAAAGUCCUGGGCAUGCUUGGUGGAGCCGCCAAAGGCUCAUACAAACGUCUGGAUGGCUCUGACGCGCAAUUCGAAAGAUACUAUGUUCCCUUGAGAGAGGUGAUUCGCGCGCGUGGACUCGACGGUCUGGACCUCGACGUCGAAGAGGAAAUGUCUUUAGGCGGCGUCGUCAAGCUCAUCGACCGUCUAAGAAGCGACUUCGGCAAAGACUUCAUCAUCACACUCGCACCCGUCGCCGCCGCUCUCCUCGACCAUAGGAGCAACCUCAGCGGCUUCGACUAUGAGGCCUUGGAAGUCAUGCGCGGCCAUGAAAUCUCAUGGUACAAUGCUCAGUUCUAUUGUGGUUGGGGUGAUAUGAGCAACCCCAUCAUGUACGAAAUGAUCAUUCGAAAAGGCUGGCCUAUCGAAAAGGUGGUCGUUGGCCUUGUGACAAACCCAGACAAUGGCAGUGGAUUUGUCAUGUGGGAGUUUCUCUCAGCCGUCCUGACUUUGCUCCGAGGCCGUCAUGAGCGGUUCGGUGGCGUCAUGGGGUGGGAGUACUUCAAUAGCCUUCCAGGUGGAAAAGAGAGGCCCUGGGAAUGGGCGAAGCAGAUGACAUCUGUUCUGAGAAAUGAUGCUUCUCUAACAAGUGCCCAACCUCCACCAAUAAACGAGGCAACAAAACCUGUGCUAGAGGCUGACCCUGAUGCCCCCAACAGCAAGCCCGUUCAGGUUCCUAAACAAUUUGACUACUAUUCAGAUGACUCAGAUAUAUGAAAACAGACAAACGUCAGCGCUGUAUGCAAUUACAUUGUGAUACAAUAGGCAGAAGCCAAGGUGGACGGAGUAGAUGAACAAAAUGAGUUUGUAUUCGAGCAACAUACAUACAUCUAUAGUAUUGAGCAAGUAGUGUAAAGAUGACUCUUGAUCCUCCUC